AUGGAUUCUACUGAGAUUCACCAAACCACCGUCGUGGACGAGCCCAUGACCGAUAACUUCAACGACAACGUCGCCGAGGGUGACCUCGAGGCCCCCCUCAAGACCGAGGAGGAGUAUGCUAUCGCUGAGCUGACUCUGCGUGCUAUUGUCUCUUCCAAGGAGGCUGGUGUCAUCAUCGGCAAGGCUGGCAAGAACGUUGCCGACCUCCGCGACGAGACCGGUGUCAAGGCCGGUGUGAGCAAGGUAGUUCCCGGUGUCCAUGACCGUGUCCUGACCGUUACUGGUCAACUGCGCUCGCUUGCUCGGGCCUAUGCGAUCGUGGCAAAGGGUCUUUUGGAGGGUGCCCCGCAGAUGGGCAUGGGCGGCAUUGUCUCUAACAAUGGGACCCACCCCAUUCGCCUUCUGAUCUCCCACAACCAGAUGGGUACCAUCAUCGGUCGACAGGGUCUGAAGAUCAAACACAUUCAGGAUGCAUCCGGCGUUCGGAUGGUCGCGCAGAAGGAAAUGCUCCCCCAAUCUACAGAGCGCAUUGUUGAGGUCCAGGGUACCCCCGAGGGCAUCGAGAAGGCCAUCUGGGAAAUUGGCAAGUGUCUGCUUGACGACUGGCAGCGUGGAACCGGCACUGUUCUCUACAACCCCGCAGUGCGCGCUUCUCUCAGCGGCUCGCAGCCAAUCAACAACAACCCCCCGGCUGGAAAUGGGUACCAGAACAACAGCAACAGCCGUCAGUACAACCGCACCGGCAAUGGUGCCGACUUCAGCGAUGGCAGCUACAACCGCCGGUCUAACUCCGAUGCUGGAAACCGCGGCUAUCCCCUGGUUACGGAAGAUGGCGAGGAGAUCCAGACCCAGAACAUCAGCAUUCCUGCUGACAUGGUUGGAUGCAUCAUUGGCCGAGGCGGAACCAAAAUCACGGAGAUCCGCCGAAGCUCUGGCGCUCGCAUUUCGAUCGCCAAGGCUCCUCAUGACGAGACUGGCGAGCGCAUGUUCACCAUCAUGGGAAGUGCUCAGGCUAACGAAAAGGCCCUGUACCUUCUCUAUGAAAACCUAGAGGCUGAGAAGACUCGCCGCAGCCAGCUUCCCCAGGAGUAA